AUGGCGCUGGCGCGCAGUGACCUGCAGACGCUGCAGGGCUCCGGAGCGUCCAUCCUGCGGCUGUUGGGCGUCUGGUGGUCGCAGGGCCGGCUGGGCCGCCUCCGCUCCGCCGCCUCCGCCAUCGUCACGCUCUCUGCUUAUAUCUGGCUGACCAUUUUCGCUGCCCUCAAGCUCAUAAUAGACCCCCCGGAACAGCUGGAGGACAUCUCGCUCUGCUGCUUCGUUAUUGUAAUCUGUUUCGGCUACUUUAUCAAGGUUGCGUUCUUCAUCUACAAACGUGACGCCCUGCGAGAGCUGCUGCAGAUUCUGUCCGACGUCAGGGGAAGUUAUGGUAACGGCAAAAGCAGUCACAGGCUCCGGAGCCGAAACCAAAAGCUGUCACGCCGCCUGUACAUAUUCAUGCAGGUGGCUCUCAUCCAAGGUCUGGUCGCGUGGCUGUCCACUCCGCUGCUGGCUCGUGCUCUCCUCGCCUCGGACCAGGAGUCACUUGAACCUGCUCGCCAGUUCCCCGUACCCCUCUGGUUCCCUGAGUAUAUGUACCUGUCACCCUCGUAUGAAAUACUCUAUGUUGUUCAAGGUUUCUGCCUGCUAGUAGGGACGCAGUCUGCUACUUGCGUGGACGCCUUCUUUAUUCACAUAAUGCUGGUGGUGGCAGCUGAGCUAGAAGUUCUGAACGGAAACAUUACAGCCAUGCACAAGGAUCGCCUUACGGUUCAAGGAACGGAAUAUCAACAGAGGAAUCGUCGGACUGUCCCUAAACGCGACGGGUGGACCGUUGGAAGCAAUGAUUACCUUCAAAGUACUGAGCACGUGUCAUUAGAGGGCAUGGCAAACGAUAUGUAUCCACAACUGGUAAAGAACAUUCACCAUCAUCACGAAAUUCUCAGGUAA